AUGUGUAGUUGUGAAAUAUUAUCUGAAUUUUGCGAAUUAUACCAAACUCUCAUUCGCGACUAUCAUGGGCAGGAACAAAUCCCAGAAAUCGUCAGUACCGCAAAAAUCCAGUUAGUCCCCACUCUCAUUUAUCCUACACCCAUUGCAGAAAGAACAAGCACUGAUGAGCUCAAGAAAGACCCUGGAAUACCAAGGCUUCCUCAACUAAAGGUUCGGAUUGCGGAGAAGCGGAAAUCUAGUUCUCCUGCGAUUCCCCAGCCUGAUGAUCCAGAUGCCUAUAUGGCUGCUGAGCCUACCCUGUCUUCACUAGCAGCUCUCGCUUCAGAGACCCAGGAGGCCGUAGACCAGGAUACCGCAUCUUAUGCGGGCUCCUCACAGAAGACGAAGGAGCAAAUUCGUCGCCACUACGUCCGUGUGCUACACAAAGUAAUCGAUGAAAGUGACAUCGUCAUUCUUGUGCUCGACGCUCGUGAUCCGGAGGGAUGUAGGAGUCGACUGGUCGAAGAAGAGGUAAGACGGAGAGAAAGUGAAGGGAAGAAGCUCGUGUUUGUAUUGAAUAAAAUCGGUAUGAAUGUUGGUUUCAUUUGGUUUUUGCACUCUUCCUCAUCGUGCGCUGUGGACGAAGAUUUGGUUUCAAAAGAGAAUGCUCAACAGUGGCUGCGAUACUUGCGACAUUCCACGCCGACACUCCCAUUCCGUUCUGCUUCCUCCAAUCAACGGUCUCAUCUCAGCUCUACGACGGCACCCGGACUUAUGCGCCUUCUUAAAGCAUUCAAACCUAGUUCACAGAGUAUCACAGUCGGUGUUGUUGGGUUUCCAAACGUCGGUAAAAGCAGCCUCAUCAAUUCUUUGAAGCGAUCAAAGGCCUGUGCAGUGGCUGCACAGCCAGGUCACACGAAGGACCUUCAAUCCGUGCAGCUGGAGCGAGGAAUUAAGAUCGUCGAUUCACCUGGUGUAGUUUUUGAUGAAGAUGAAUCAGGUGACUCUAGUCAAAAGGGCAGCAUUCUCCUACGAAAUGUAGUCAAAGUUGAGGAUAUAGAAGAUCCCAUCGCUGUUGUGGAAGAAAUCCUCGCGCGGACAGAACAUGAGACACUCCGAAAACUAUACAAUCUUCUUCAGUUCUCAAGCACGCUGGAGUUUCUCACCAUGCUUGCGCUGAACAGCGGACGCCUGCUCAAGGGAGGUACCCCUGAUCUACUUUCAGCCGCACGUCACGUUCUUAUGGACUGGAAUCACCAAAAAAUACCCUAUUUCUCUGUCCCGCCCACCAUUCAUCCCUCGUCGAUGCCUUCUGCCACAACAGGCGCAGAAACCGUCGGGCAGUCACAAAUCCUCGAUUCAUUCUCUAAACCGUUUGAGCUCGCAGGUUUGUUUUGCACAGCAGACGCCGGCGCGUUCAAUGAAAAUGCACCGAUGCAGGAAGAGGUAGCUAUGGAUGACAGUGAAGUCAACAAUGACAUUGCUGCACGAGAAUCUGGCAUGAUAGUCGAUGAUGGCAUGACUGCUUCCGCACUAUCAAUCCCGUCAUCCCGCAAGCGUAUUCGUUCGCCCUCGUUGGUCACACAGGCAGGAGUUACCGACUCUUCAGUACAACUGCGCAUACCGAAGCGGUUCCGUCGCGCGAAGGACCUUUCUGCAUAUGAAGAAGCCGCUGUGCGGAGCCAGAGUCGCGCGAUGAAUAGGCGGUCUCUGAAACAAGACCGCAAGCGUGCACGAAGGGCUGCUAACAAGUUGACCAAGGGCGAGUCGAGGAUGGAAGUUGAUGGGCUGCAGGAAACGUUUAUUGCUGAUGUGCGGGAAUAA